GACUAUACUUCCAUCUUUAUGCUCCAACAAUGGAAACAGUGGAAAUAGAAAACCUGUUCCGGAAGCGUGCUCAUCCUGAAGAUGAUAAAGAUAAUGUGGAUGAAGUCAAGAGGCAGAAGAUCUCCGAAGAAGCCCUGAUAGAAAGAGAGAAUUCUGAUCAGGAAGCCGAAGCUGAUGUGGAGCAGCCUGUGAGUCCUUCGCUGGAGGAAUCCAAAGGAGAAGUAAUCUUGAAUGAAGAAAGUACAGGCCAAGAAGUGGAGGAUGGCUUGGUGGAAAGCGAUGGAGAACGUGACCCAGAGAAGUUUGCAGAUCUCAUGAAGCACGGCUUGAUGGAGCAAGAUGUUGGCAUAAGAAAAUUUGCUAGUUCUCACAAGGGCUUUUUAGGAAUAUUAAAGGAGAGAUACUCAGAUUUUGUGGUUCAUGAAAUAGGAAAAGAUGGACACGUCAUUCAUUUAGAUGACUUCUCUGUGCCAGUAGAUAAUGAGGAUCCUCCUGAAGAGAUCUUUACAGUGUUGUCCCCUGAAGACAAGCAGCGUUUGGAAGAACUCCAGCUUUUUAAAAACAAAGAAGGCAGUGUUUCCAUUGAGGUAAUUGAAGACACUAAAGAAAAAAGGACAAUUAUACACCAGGCUGUAAAAUCUUUAUUUCCAGGAUUAGAGACCAAAACAGAGAACCAGGAUGGAAAAAAGUGCAUUGUUGCUUACCAUGCAGCUGGGAAAAAAUCACUUGCAAAUCCAAGGAAGCAUUCCUGGCCAAAGUCUAGGGGAAAUUACUGCCACUUUGUAUUAUAUAAAGAAAACAAGGAUACCAUGGAUGCCAUCAAUGUGCUGUCAAAAUAUUUAAGAGUUAAGCCAACCAUAUUUUCUUACAUGGGAACCAAAGACAAAAGGGCUAUUACAGUUCAAAAGAUAGCUGUUCUUAAAAUCACAGCACAAAGAUUAGCUCAUUUAAAUAAAUGCUUAAUGAACUGCAAGCUUGGAAACUUUAGUUAUAAGAAUCACCCACUGAAGUUGGGAGAAUUGCAAGGAAAUCAUUUCACAGUGGGUCUCAGAAAUAUAACAGGGACUGAUGAUGAAGUUCAGCAAGCCAUGCAGUCCCUUAAGGAAAUUGGAUUUAUUAAUUAUUAUGGAAUGCAGAGGUUUGGAACUACAGCUGUUCCUACAUUUCAAGUGGGAAGAGCUAUUCUACAGAGCAAUUGGAACGAAGCCAUGGACUUAAUACUGAGACCACGCCCUGGAGUUGAAAGGGGUUCCUUAGUAAAAUGCCGAGAAGAGUGGGCAAGAACGAAAGACCCUGCUGCCGCCUUUAAAAUACUGCUUGACAAAAGAUGUGUGGAAGGCCAGUUGCUCUGGGGGCUUUCGAAAUAUGGACUGAAAAAUAUAGUGUCUGCCUUUAACAUGAUAACAAGAAAUUAUCGUUUGAUGUAUAUUCAUAGUUACCAGAGUUAUGUAUGGAAUAACAUGGUGAGCAAAAGAAUAGAAGAAUAUGGGCUGAGAGCAGUUCCAGGAGAUCUUGUGCUAAAAGGAGGUACAGCUGUUCAUAUUGAAGAGGUAGAUGUUGACAGUUACACCAUCCAUGAUGUUGUGAUGCCACUGCCUGGUUUUGAUGUUAUUUAUCCAAAACAUAAAAUUGGGGAAAGCUACAAGGAAAUGCUAGCUACAGACAAUCUGGAUAUCAGUAACAUGAAGCACAAAAUUCGAGACUAUUCAUUAUCUGGAGCAUACAGAAAGAUUAUUAUCCGACCUCAGAAUGUGAGCUGGGAACUGAUUGAAUAUGAUGACCCAAAAAUUCCGUUAUUUGCUACUGACUUGGAUAAACUGGAAGGAAAAUUACCUGCAGCCCUUGCAAGAGAAGGCAAAUAUAAGGCUCUGAAGAUGGAGUUCUCCCUGCCACCAUCUGCUUAUGCUACCAUGGCUAUUCGAGAACUUCUAAAACUGGACACCAGCAUAAAAAGUCAGUCGCAGUUAAAUACAACCUGGGUUCGCUAAUCCUUUUCAGGGACUGGAUAAGGUUUUAACAUGCAAUUUGUUUCUUAUUUACUCAUUUUAUCUACAUAAUUUCUAAUUGAAAUGUAUUUUUGUAUUAGUUUAAAGGAUGUUAUUUCAGAUUCAUUGUAAAAACGUAGUUCUGUUUUUUAAAUAGUUUGAACAAACAUGGCGCUCCCUAUGGCAGAAUUAAAAAAAAAACGAUUGGCUUUGUUAGCAGUGUUUAAUGCUCAAAAAUGUUUUAUUCUAGUAUGGAAGUACAUAGGUCUUCAUGUGUUCAGAUUAAAAAUGAUUGCAAAUAUGCUUAAUACUGCAGUUCAGGAAAAUUAAAUGGAAUACAUUACUGAUGAAUACAUAUUUAUAUCGAAUGAACAGAUUUAUUUAGCCUUAAGAAUGCUGAUAGAGCCUGCUUUCACAACUACUGUUGGCAAAAUGUUCAUGUCUUUUCCAACUGCUUUUAUUUGAGCUGUAAUACUAUUAAACAUUUGUGUCUGUUUUUCAUAACGUGUAAAAUUGUAAAGAAGCAAACACCUAAUAACAGAAGUAGUAUGUCAACAAACAUUUAUGGUUUGUCUGUUGCUGGCAAUAGAUGAACUAGCUACAUCUUGACCUAACAGGAUUAAAUACCCAUUUGGAAUUUGA